AUGGGUAAGAUUGAACUAGUAGAGAAAGUUGUAAUUGCUCCUAAGCAACCUACACCUCGUAAGAGAAUGUUCUUGUCAAACAUUGACCUUGCACUUGGUAAAAGGCUUGUGCAAUAUGACUUUAUGGCUGCUAGACUAGUGCCAAGUUUGGAGGAGACUCAUCGGUUUGAAAUAGACUGUAAUGGUGCUGGCAUUGUCGUCGUGGUCGCAAGAACUGAAAGAAAAUUGAGUGAAUUUGGUGUAAUUUCUGCACCUAAUCCUAAGUUGAGGGAAUUGCUGACUCAAUUUGGCUGUGGAUGUUUGGCUCUUGCUUCUUGCUACAACCACUUCACACUGGAUGGUUCCACAAUCAGAGAUUUUGAGGUAAAUUUAGGAGCAUUAACACGUGGUGGAGACCUCAUCAUAGUACCAAAUGCAGGUAAUGCAUUGGUACCUGGUUUUGCAAGAGCAAGUGUGAGGCAUCUCAUUGAGCUAGAAAAUGCUUGCCACAUAAGGAAAGUGCAAGAAGGGGUUAAGAGGUUGGAUGAUGAGUACGUAAAGUCAGGGAUAGAUUGGUUGGAGGUGAACAAAGGGGCACCUUGUAUGGAAGAUAGUUUCUCAUUGGUGGCAUGGUGGAGACUAGGGCUAGACACAAUUGCAAAAAAGACAUUUAACGAUAGUUAA